GGCCAGGGGCGCGGGGAUGGGACAUGGCUCGUCCCGGGGCGCAGGGCCAGGGGCGUUGGGGGGCACACGGCGGGCAGGAUGGGGGGAGGUGCGCGGCAGGCGCCGAGCCCACCCAUGGGCCCGCCUGAGAUUUGGGUUGCGCUGCACCCGCGAUCUGGCGGGGCUGCCUGUUUUUCAUGAGCACUGUGUCCUUCGAGCUGGAUCCUGGGGACAGUCGCCACCGUGUUAAAAAGCAAAUUAUUUGUUUGGAUAAAGUAUUUGGUGCUCUGGUUACUGGGAGAAAAAAUUAGAUGGGAGGCAACAUUGAAACACUAACGUUUUAACAGUGUUACAUUGUAAUUCUCUGGCUGUGGAGAUUGAAAGGCGUCAGAAACUCCUGUCUUGGAAAGUGCAACUGGCGUAUACUUUGUUAUUGCUAUUUUAGGUUUUCCAUAAAUUUGCCGAUUCAGUAAGAUGUUUUGAUUUUUUUUUUUUUUAAGUCUUAAAGGAUCAUGCUUUGAACCCCCAUAACAAAGUCAUUUAUUUGUACCAUCUUCUACUCUGCAUUCCCCCCAAAAAGGCGGGGAACCACCAUUUGGCUCUCAGAAAAUAAGAAUUAGCCCUUUGCUUUGCCUGGCAUGUGAUUAAAAAUUCUUAGCCUUCCAACACCACGUAGUUGUGAUUGUCUAAAUUUUUGUUUUUCAGCUUAUUGUGGCGAUAGAGGGGAGCUGCCUAGUUGAACAGACCAUUUGAGGAAGAGGACUCCUUUUUUACACGUAUUUAUUGCCUUCUAGUAACUUGCAGUAACUUGCUCAGAAGAUGAAUCCAACUAAUCCUUUUGGUGGGCAGCAGCCUGGUGUUUUUCCAACAUCUUCCAGUAGUCCCAUAGGAACAUUUCAAGCUAAGCCACAAUUUCGGUUUGGUCAGCCCUCUCUUUUUGGACAAAGCAAUACAUUAUCUGGUAAAAGCUCAGGAUUUUCACAGGUGUCCAGUUUUCCAGCAUCUUCUGGACAAAGUCAUUCUUCAGUGCAAACGUUAGGAUUCUCUCAAACCUCAAAUGUUGGACUCUUUUCUGGACUUGAACACAGUCCAGCCUUUGUAGCUGCCUCUGGGCCUUCGAGUUCAUGUGUGCCUGGAAACCCUGGAUUCAGUUUUAAGUCCCCCAACCUUGGAGCAUUCCCAAGUACUUCUACUUUUACCCCAGAAACUGGAGAAAAAGCAAGCCCUGUCUUUGGGAAAACAGAAUUUAGCUUUAAACCUCUGGAAAAUUCAGUGUUCAGACCAAUAUUGGGGGCUGAAUCUGAGCCAGAGAAAACUCAGAGCCAAGUUACUUCUGGAUUUUUUACAUUUUCCCACCCAGUCAGUAGUGGACCUGGGGGACUGGCCCCAUUUUCUUUUUCUCAGGUGACAAGUAGUUCAGCCACCAAUUCAAAUUUUACCUUUUCAAAACCAGGUAAUAAUAAUUCAUCAUCUGCCUUUACCCCUGCUUUGCCAAAUCAGAAUGUGGAGGAAGAGAAGAGAGGCCCCAAAUCACUGUUUGGGAGUUCUAGUAGUACCUUCACUGCUUUCCCCAUGUCUUCUUCAGGGUCCUUGGGUGAACCCUUCCCAGUUAGCAAAACAGGUGUCAGACAAGGAUGCGAAGAAGCUGUUUCCCAAAUGGAGCCACUUCCCAGCCUCAUGAAAGGACUGAAAAGAAAGGAGGACCAGGAUCGGUCCCCAAGGAGGCACGGUCAUGACGCAGCUGAAGACUUGGACCCUCUGUCAAGGGGCGAUCAUCCUCCAGAUAAACGACCUGUUCGCUUGAAUCGACCCCGAGGAGGCACUUUGUUUGGUCGGACAAUACAGGAUGUCUUCAAAAGCAAUAAAGAAGUAGGUCGUCUGGGCAACAAGGAAUCUAAAAAGGAAAUUGGCUGUGUCGAGUCUGGGGAAAAUGACCACUUGGUCAUCCCAGGAGGCAGUCAGUCUGUCCCAGCAGCUUCCCGGCUUCCAGGUGUGAAUAAAGAGGAAGAGACUGAAAGCAGAGAUAAAAAAGAAGAUUCUCUAAGAGGAACUCCUUGCCGUCAGAGUAAGAGGAGCGAGAGCACAGACAGUCUCGGGGGCUUGUCUCCUGCUGAAGUCACGGCGAUCCAGUGCAAGAACAUCCCUGACUAUCUCAACAACAGAACCACUCUGGAGAACCACUUUGGCAAAAUUGCUAAAGUGCAGCGCAUAUAUACCAGGCGCAGCAAAAAGCUUGCAGUGGUGUAUUUUUUUGAUCAUGCAUCUGCAGCCCUGGCCAGGAAGAAAGGGAAAGAUUUGCAUAAAGAUAUGACCAUCUUCUGGCACAAGAAAAAAAUAAGUCCCAACAAGAAACCCUUCUCCCUCAAGGAGAAGCAGCCAGGCGAUGGGGAAGCUGGCCAGGGCGCUGAGGACACACCCUUUCAGCACUCCCCACUCGGCAAGCCUGGGGUGAGGACUACGACUGGCGGCCUCCUGAGCAAAAGCUCUCCUGUGAAGAAGCCGAGUCUCCUGAAGGCCCAUCAGUUUGAGGAAGACCCUUUUGAUGAGAGCUCCGAGGGCUCUGAAGGUCUCGGGCCGUGUGUAUCAUCCCUCAGUCCCCUGAUAGGUACCGUGGCUGAGACGUCUGAGGAGAAGUACCGCCUGCUUGACCAGAGGGACAGGGUCAUGCGGCAAGCUCGGGUGAAAAGGACCGACCUGGACAAAGCAAGAACUUUUGUUGGGACGUGCCUGGAUAUGUGUCCUGAGAAGGAACGGUACAUGCGGGAGACCCGGAGCCAGCUGAGUGUGUUUGAAGUGGUCCCAGGCACUGACCAGGUGGACCACGCAGCCGCUGUGAAGGAGUACAGCCGCUCCUCAGCUGACCAGGAGGAGCCCCUGCCCCACGAGCUGCGUCCCUCGGCGGUGCUCAGCAGGACCAUGGACUACCUGGUGACCCAGAUCAUGGACCAGACGGAGGGCAGCCUGCGGGACUGGUACGACUUCCUGUGGAACCGCACGCGGGGCAUACGGAAGGACAUCACGCAGCAGCACUUGUGUGACCCAGUGACGGUGUCUCUGAUUGAGAAGUGCACCCGGUUUCACAUCCACUGUGCUCACUUCAUGUGUGAAGAGCCCAUGUCCUCAUUUGACGCCAAGAUCAACAACGAGAACAUGACCAAGUGCCUCCAGAGUCUGAAGGAGAUGUACCAGGACCUGAGAAACAAGGGCGUGUUCUGUGCCAGUGAGGCAGAGUUCCAAGGCUACAACGUCCUGCUCAAUCUCAACAAGGGGGACAUCCUUAGAGAAGUGCAGCAGUUCCACUCUGCCGUUAGAAACUCCCCCGAGGUGAAAUUUGCCGUUCAGGCCUUUGCUGCAUUGAACAGUAAUAACUUUGUGCGAUUUUUUAAACUGGUCCAGUCAGCUUCUUAUCUGAACGCUUGUCUUCUGCAUUGUUACUUUAAUCAGAUCCGCAAGGAUGCUCUCCGAGCGCUCAAUGUGGCGUACACGGCAAGCACACAGCGCUCCACCAUCUUCCCCCUGGAUGGUGUGGUGCGUAUGCUGCUGUUCAGAGACGGCGAGGAGGCCACAGACUUCCUCAACUGCCAUGGCCUCACUGUCUCUGACGGCUGUGUCGAGCUGAACCGGUCCUCGUUCCUGGAACCUGAGGGCUUGUCCAAGGCCAGGAAGUCGGUGUUCAUCACCAGGAAGCUGACGGUGUCGGUUGGGGAGAUUGUGAAUGGAGGGCCGUUGCCCCCCACACCCCGUCACACCCCCGUAUGCAGCUUCAAUGCCCAGAACAAGUACAUCGGGGACAGCCUGGCUGCAGAGCCGCCUUCGGGCGUGCAGAGACCUGGCUUGGACGUGGCAGGCGCUGGGUUCCUGCAGGUAAAGCGCUCCUGGCACCCGGUCAUGGCUCAGGAGGCACCCCAUGGUGGUCUGCUCAGGAGGGUGGCCUGGGUCUGUCCCUGGUGCCCACCUUUGCCCAUUCCUCCAGGCACGGGGAGAGCAGAGGAGUGUGGUGCGGAGGUGGCCGAGCCCCUGCCAGCUCUCCUCCUGCAGCCGCUGCCUGUGUCGGCUUCUCCACCACAUCGCCCAGUGCUGACCCCGAGCGUGGCACCCAGCCUCUUGCAGCCCCCUGUGCAGCCCCCCAUGCAGUCGGAGCUUCUCCCGCCAAAGCCUGUGCCUGUUUACUCAGAUGCGGACCUGGCCCAAGUGGUGGAUGAGCUCAUCCAGGAGGUUCUUCAGAGUGACUGUGAGGAAGUCGGUGCCGCCGGGGCAGCCUUUGCAACCACAGCCCUUGGUGUUUCCAAUGCUGCUAUGGAGGAGCUGUUAACAGCUACAACCACAGGCAUUCUGAGGCACAUUGCAACUGAAGAAGUCACCCAGGAAAGGGAACGGAAGGAGGAAGAGAGGCGGCGGGCUGAAGAGGAGAGGUUGAAACAAGAGAGAGAAUUGGUGUUAAUUCAGCUGAGCCAGGACCUGGCUGCAGAGCUGACAGAAGUUGUGGUGACAGAAUGUGUGAGAGAAACCUGCUCCCAGGAGUUGAAGAGUGCAGUGGAGACGGACCAGAGGGUUCGUGUGGCCCGUUGCUCUGAGGAUGUCUUUGCCCAUCUGGUGGACUUGUUUCUUGGGGAGGAAAUUUUCCAGACUGCAAAAGAGACCUUGCAGGAGCUUCAGUGCUUCUGCAAGUAUCUCCAACGGUGGAGAGAAGCUGUCGCAGCCCGCAAGAAACUAAGGCGCCAGAUGCGGGCCUUCCCUGCGGCGCCCUGCUGUGUGGACGUGAACGAUCGGCUGAGGGCGCUGGUGCCCAGCGCAGAGUGCCCCAUUGCGGAGGAGAACCUGGCGAAGGGCCUCCUGGACCUGGGCCACGCGGGGAGAGUGGGCGUCUCGUGUACCAGGUUAAGGUGGCUCAGGGACAUGGUGGCGCACCAGAUGAAGGUCCAGCACUUCCACCAGCAGCUGCUGAGUGACGCGGCAUGGGCACCCCUGGACCUACCGUCCCUCGUGGCUGAGCACCUCCCCAGGCGGCAGGAGCGUGUGUUUUGGAAGCUGGUGCUGGUGUUGCCUGAUGGAGAAGAACAGUCCCCAGGGAGUCCCGGCAGAAUUCUAUCACAUUGGUUAAAAGUCAAGUUCAUGGGAGGUGAUGGCUCAGUGGAUGACAUAUACCUUGAUAUUGGUGGGAUUCAGACACUCACUCUCUUUAACACUCUCAGCAGCAAAGGGGAUCAGACAAUUUCUGUCAGUGUGUGCAUCAAGGUGGCCCACGGCGCUCUUAGUGACGGUGCCCUCGAUGCCGUGGAGACACAGAAGGAGCUCCUGGGAGCCAGUGGGCUUAUGAUGCUGCUUCCUCCCAAAGUGAAGAGUGAGGACAUGGCAGAGGAGGACGUGUACUGGCUGUCGGCACUGCUGCAGAUCAAGCAGCUCCUGCAGGCCAAGCCCUUCCAGCCUGCGCUUCCCCUGGUGGUUCUUGCGCCCAGCCCCGGAGGGGAUGCCGUGGAGAAGGACGUGGAAGAGGGUCUGAUGCUCCAGGAUUUGGUUUCAGCUAAGCUGAUUUCAGAUUAUACUGUUAUUGAGAUCCCUGAUUCCAUUAGUGACUUAAAAGGCACAACUAAGGUUUCGCAGGCUGUGCAGUGGCUGGUCUCCCACUGCCCCUGUUCCCUUGACCUUUGCUGCCAGACCCUCAUUCAGUACGUGGAAGAUGGGGUGAGCCGGGAGUUUAGCAGCCGGUUUUUCCAUGACAGAAGAGAGCGGAGGCUGGGCGGCCUGGCCUCACAGGAGCCAAGUGCCGUCAUUGAGCUGUUCAACAGCGUGCUGAGCUUCCUGGCCUCCGUAGUGUCCUCCGAGCAGCUCUGCGACCUGUCCUGGCCUGUCACCGAGUUUGCUGAGGCAGGGGGCAGCCGGCUGCUUCCUCACCUUCACUGGAACGCCCCGGAGCACCUGGCCUGGCUGAGGCAAGCCAUCCUUGGCUUCCAGCUCCCACAGAUGGAUCUUCCGCCUCCAGGGGCUCCCUGGCUCCCUGUGUGUUCCAUGGUCAUCCAGUAUGCCUCCCAGAUUCCCAGCUCUCGCCAGACGCAGCCUGUCCUGCAGUCACAGGUGGAGAGCCUGCUCUGCACCACGUACAGCAGGUGGAAGAGCAGGCGCCCCUCCCCGGGACAGGGGGCUGGGCCCUCAGUUGCUGAGAUCCCGUGGGAUGACGUCAUCGCCUUGUGCAUCAACCACAAGCUAAGGGACUGGACACCCCCAAGGCUUCCCGUCACAUCAGAGGCAUUGAGUGAAGAUGGUCAGAUAUGCGUGUAUUUUUUUAAAAACCAUUUGAAAAAAUACGACGUCCCUUUGUUGUGGGAACAAGCCAGAAUGCAGACGCAGAAGGAGCUACAGUUGAGUCAGGGCCGUUUGGGGAUAAGAUCUUUUCAUCCUUCUGGAAACAAGCUUCCUACUCCAUUACUUCACGUGCACCUCAAAGGGAAGAGAGGUGUGGAGCAUGGCCAAGAGAGACGGAUUCCCAGCUCUGAGGAUCUGAUGCACGGAGCCUCUGCCCAGGAGCUCCUGGCCCAGUGUCUGUCUAGCAGCCUGCUGCUGGAGAAAGAGGAGAGCAAGAGGUUUGAAGAUCAGCUUCAGCAGUGGUUGUCGGAGGACUCAGGAGCACUUAGAGAUUCAACGUCCCUUCCCCUCUACCUUCCUCAGAAUCUGGUGUCUCUGCCUCAGACUAUUGAACCUAUGAUGAAAACAUCUAUGACUGCUAGCCCUCAGAAUGAAAGGACAGGGAGGCAACUGCAGUUGUCAGAGGCAACAGGCACAUCUCUGACUGAACGGCUGAAACACCUGGAAAGGCUGAUCCAGAGUUCAAGGGAGGAGGACAUUGCCUCUGAGCUCCAUCUCUCUGCAGUGUUGGACAUGGUGGACAUUUGAGCUGCUGGAACUGAGAGAGGGUCCAGAUUUUAUUUUACUCAAAAUAAUGUUAUUCUCAGAUGCUUGAUGCAUGUUGGAAAUGUGAUUAUUAAUCAUGCAAAUAAACCUUUGAAAUAUCUAA